AUGGCUGCAUCGGAAGAAGGGACCGGCUGCUUUCUCCCGCGAGGCAGGUCGCAGAGUGACCCCAGCAUCCUCACCGACCCCGCGGGCCCCGGCGAGCACCCAGAUGAGAUGGAGCAGUCCCCUGCAGUGCGUUCUGACUACCUGGUCUCAGGGAUUCGAACUCCACCAGUGAGGAGGAACAGCAAACUGGCAACACUGGGCAGGAUCUUCAAACCGUGGAAGUGGCGGAAAAAGAAAAAUGAGAAGCUAAAGCAGACAUCUGCAGUGCUGGAGAAGAAGAUGACAACGCGGCAAGGGCGGGAUGAACUCAUUAAGAAAGGCCUUCUGGAGAUGAUGGAACAAGAUACUGAAGGCAAAGCCGGCACUGGUGAUGAUGCUACCAAGGCGACGCAGAGCGAGGCUCCAGCAGCCGUGUGCCAGGCACUCACCUCAGAGGAGGAGCAGCAGGAGACCACAACAGCAGCCACAACCAACGUGACCUCCUUUGCUGAGGAGCUGCACUUGGAUGAGCUGAAAGAAGAUGCAGCCAAGAAACCUUCAGCACCCACGGAAGAAUUGGAAGAUGCCAGCCUGCCAGCAUCUGAAGACACUCCACAAGCCUUACUUGUACCUGAAUCCACCGAUUCUCCCCAGAAGCAGACAGAAAGAAACCCAGCACAGCUUCCCAGCCCUCCAUUGCUCCCAGCUCCACCACCUAAGGCAAUCUCCAAAAUCACCAAGAGCAUAACAGCAGGAAGUGAAAUGGAUGAUCCAGCCAUGAAAUCUCCUCCUUCCACCAUCCUGAAGAACUAUGUCAUUGUCGGUUCCUCCCAAAUCUCAGGACAAGCUGCCCUCUUCCACCCCUCUGGCCAGAAAAGCUCAGAGCCCCAUGGCAGAGGCCAGGUAACAACGCCCACCGGUUCCCCUCACCUGGCUGCCGUUCAUCUGCCUUUACCUCCCAGCAGAGUCAUUGAAGAACUCCACAGGGCUCUGGCCACCAAACACCGGCAGGACAGCUUCCAUGGAAGAGAAAGCAAAGGCUCUCCAAAAAAAAGAGUGGAUGUCCGUCCCUCGAGAACGUCGAGUAUGGAGCGCAACAAAGAGAAGGAGAACUCACUGAGUUACAGCAGUGACUCGGAAAACAAGAGGAACUCAGUUAAAGAGUCAGACGAGAACAAAGAAAACAUGAUCAUGAACUCAGAGCUCAAGGAAGAGUCUGUUUUUUAUCAGGAUGAGGAAGUUUUGAACGACUCUGUUAUUUCUGGUACUUUGCCAAGAAAAUGCAAGAAAGAACUGCUGGCAGUAAAACUACGGAACAGACCAAGUAAGCAGGAGCUGGAAGACAGGAAUAUUUUCCCAAGGAGAACAGAUGAGGAAAGACAGGAAAUCCGGCAGCAAAUUGAAAUGAAACUCUCAAAGCGACUCAGCCAAAGACCCGCUGUUGAGGAGCUAGAAAGAAGGAAUAUACUGAAACAACGAAAUGAUCAAACGGAACAGGAAGAGAGAAGGGAAAUCAAGCAGAGACUGACGAGAAAGCUUAACCAGCGACCUACAGUUGAUGAACUGAGAGACAGAAAGAUCUUGAUUCGAUUCAGUGAUUACGUGGAAGUGGCAAAAGCACAGGACUACGACAGGAGAGCGGACAAACCAUGGACACGACUGUCAGCAGCAGACAAGGCAGCAAUUCGGAAAGAGCUGAAUGAAUACAAAAGUAAUGAAAUGGAGGUUCAUGCAUCGAGCAAACAUUUGACAAGAUUUCACAGGCCAUAGGAAUUUUCUUCUGAGAAGAAUCUGUCUUUACUUUUUGAUAUUGCUGCUGAACAUGCAUCAGGGAACACUGAAGUCUUUCCCUGAGGUUCAGUGCAGGCUCCCUGGACGUUGAUGUGACAGAAGGACUCUGCAGUGAAGCCUCUGCAGCACUUGGGGACAGGACGCCAGCCCUGAGCUCUGGAGGCAGAAGAGUCUGGCCUGUGGAGUGGGACAAGCUGCUGAAAAAGACUGAAGUGAAGCUACUUGGAAGAGCCUCCUCCUCUCCUUUGCCACCUGUGUGGAACUGGUUUGCAGCCUGCCUUGGAAAAGGAGAUGUUGUGCAUGUACAGGCUUUACCAUUCCAAGGCCUCUGACAUAAACGGACAUGACACUCUGUCAUCCAGUAUUAUGUUGACAAGACAUUUUGAACUUACCACAAUUAGUUUGUAAAACACCUAAGUUCAUGUUCUAAAAACUAAUUUAAUGUAUUAUAAUUUCAUUCUUUUUUAUAUACUGUCUAACAGAAUCACAGCUGCAAGCAUUUUUGAUUCCUGUUACUUUUGUUCUUUAAUUAAAUGACUACUUAUUGCAGGAAAUGAA